CCCGCCCGCCCGCCCGUCCGCGCCAUGGCCCCGUCGCGCCGGCAGCUGGGCCUCCGCGCGGCCUACGCGGGCCUGGGCGCCCUGGCCGGCCUCUCCGCCUUCUGCGUCUGGACCGGGGUGUACGGGCAGCCGGCCACCGCCGCCCUGGGGGGCCUCGCAGGUGUGCUGGCGCUGUGGGUCCUGGUGACACACGUGAUGUACCUACAGGAUUACUGGAGGACCUGGCUCAAGGGCCUGCGGGGCUUCUUCUUCGUGGGCGUCUUCUUCUCUGUGGUCUCCGUCACUGCCUUCUGCUCCUUCCUCGCACUGGCCAUCACCCGACACCAGAGCUUCAUAAACCCCAACAGCUACUACCUCUCCUGCGUCUGGAGCUUCAUCGCCUUCAAGUGGGCCUUUCUGCUCAGCCUGUAUGCCCAUCGCUACCGGGCGGACUUUGCCGACAUCAGCAUCCUGAGCGACUUCUGACCCCGGGGUGAGGGCUGUGCUCCCCGGGAGUCCUGCAGACCUGGACUUGGCCUCUGAAACAACUGUAGGGCCUGGCCCACUCCCUGGAUUCUGGGGAUCCAGAACCGAGUGGCAGGAAAAGCACAGCAGGAGUGUGGCUUCCCUGGAAACCAGCCUAUCCUCUGGGGAAAGAUCUGGGUGACAUGGAAAGGAGGUCCUGCCCGCUGUUUUCAUGGGCUGGCACCUGGCUCCAGAGUUUCACAGAUGGAGCUUCUGAGCAGGGCCAGAGCCAGAAUUCGGGAAGGCAGAGGGCUCCGUGAAGUCCGUGGUGUGCUAGGGGCAGGUUGUUAGGCCUGUGAAACCGGGGCAGCCAGACCUGCCCUGACUUAAGACAUCCUGGUCCCGACCCCACUCCCAGCACCCUUCCUCUUGGCCCCAGGGAUUGCCUGUCACUUCUCUCCUCUGUUCCAAGACAGCCCCGGGCUCCUCUCCCCAGGCCUGGGGCAUGGUCUGGAGCGUGCUGUGCUGUGCUGCACCCUGCUAUGCUCCAUCCUCUCUUCACCACACCUGUCAUCGCUCUUGCCACCGUCCCCACCCCCCUCAAGGGCAGGGCUGCCCCUGAAGGCAGAUGAAGUAAGGGUUUGAGGGCAAGUGCUCCUGCCAACAGAAGGGCUUUGGCAGCCCUUCUUUAGGCAGCCCACCAUGGAGUUUAGUUUCCACCCCACUGCCUCCCUCUGCCCCUAUGGCACCCCAGUCAGCCUGGCCAUGAGAAUCCUGCCACAACCCCACCUUCCCCA